AUAAUCCAAGAUAAUGAGGAUACGGAUAAAAGUUGAGGUCUUCCGAAAUUGUUUACAACAUGGAGGACAGACAACAAAAAUUCCAUUUUCACGUGUCGGAAGGAAAGAAAUUUCCAACAUUAGAAGAUAGAGAUAACAAAGAACUAUUAACAAAAUGGGGUAUGCAGGGGAAUUUAUUAGCCCAGAUGUACACAUUUGACCAACCAUUUCAGUCAUAUCAAAAAGAUGAAUUUGUUCUGGAUUUUAUGAGAGACCCUGCUGUUACUUCAACUUUGAAAGUUCCAAGUGGAAAAGGGACUUCUGCUGCAGUAGGUACUGCAGCUGAAUCAGUGGGUGUAGAAUCCGUGCCAUGUUCCAUAUUGUCUAUGUCAUUCUUUGAUAAAUUGUAUGGUACAGUUGUCAGGGAAUCAGGGCAUGUUCUAAAAUGUUUUGAUGAGUUUUAUGAAGAUUUUACCAUCUCAGAUGAAUUGAGAAAAAUGUUACUGAGUGAGGAGUCAGACCAUUAUGAAGUAUACAAUGAAUCAGAAAAAUCACAGUUUUUGUUUUGUUUGUUCAAACAUAUUUGUCUAGGAGGACAGAUCUGCCAGUACGAGGACACGAUAGAUGCCUACCUGGACAUUACAAAAUCACUGUAUAAAGAUCUUAUCAGUGUUCAAAAGAAUGCAGAUACAAAACUUUUAAAUAUAACAUCAAGUGUGUUCAAAUUUAAGGCCAUGGAUAAAGAAGGCGAGCUGUUUUUUCCAGAUAGAAAGUUACAUGAUCAGACAUUCUCCUAUCUUAUAGUGGACCCAUUUAAACGACAUGUCAUAGUUUUAUCUCAUGUAUUUGCUGGUGGAAUAUUUAAGUAACUUUAUCUCUCAUGAAAUUCCUGUACAGCAUGGAUAUUAGGACUGCAGCAGCAACAUUCAAUGAAAAUAUUCUAGAUCAGAUGAUUGUUGGAUACUGAGUUUUAAUUUUAUGACAAUGUAUAUUUUUCUCAAGAUAAUUUGAGUAUAAUUAUGUGUGGUAUCGUUUUGUUCUGCAUGAUUUAUAUUUCUAAGAGUUUCUAAAUGAAUCAAUGCAAAUAGUUUUGUAUGAAGUCUUACUCUUUGUGUAAAAAGUUUAAUUUUUAGCUCGACUAUUCGAUAAGAAUAAGUAGAGCUAUUGUAGUCACCCGAGCGUCGGCGUCAGCGUCAGUGUCGGCGUCUGCGUCGGCUUAACCACUUAUGUUAAAGUUUUUGUAAUAGUUCAAAUAUUUUCAAAGUCCAUUGACAUAUGGCUUUGAAACUUUGCACACUUGUUCACCAUCAUGACCCCAACCUGUAGACAGGAGGAGGUAACUCUAUCAAGCAUUUUGACAGAAUUAUGCCCCUUUUUCGACUUAGAAUUUACGUUAAAGUUUUUGUAAUAGUUCAAAUAUUUUCAAAGUCCAUUGACAUAUGGCUUUGAAACUUUGCACACUUGUUCACCAUCAUGACCCCAACCUGUAGACAGGAGGAGGUAACUCUAUCAAGCAUUUUGACAGAAUUACGCCCCUUUUUCGACUUAGAAUUUACGUUAAAGUUUUUGUAAUAGUUCAAAUAUUUUCAAAGUCCAUUGACAUAUGGCUUUGAAACUUUGCACACUUGUUCACCAUCAUGACCCCAACCUGAAGACAGGAGGAGGUAACUCUAUCAAGCAUUUUGACAGAAUUACGCCCCUUUUUCGACUUAGAAUUUACAUUAUAGUUUUUGUAAUAGUUCAAAUAUUUUCAAAGUCCAUUGACAUAUGGCUUUGAAACUUUGCACACAUGUUCACCAUCAUGACCCCAACCUGUAAACAGGAGGAGGUAACUGUAUCAAGCAUUUUUUUUCACUAUCAAGCACUAAGAAUAGUCGAGCGUUGCUGUCCUACCGACAGCUCUUGUUAUUAGCUUCAAACAUCUGUAAUCUUCCUUUUAAAAAUUUCAUACACAUUGAUGGUUACAUAAUGAUAUAUAACUACUCGAUAUCAAAAGGCAUGUUUUACAAAUAUUUAAACGCAUGUUUUACAAAUAUUUAAACGCAUGUUUUACAAAUAUUUAAACGCAUGUUUUACAAAUAUUUAAACGCAUGUUUUACAAAUAUUUAAACGCAUGUUUUACAAAUAUUUAAACGCAUGUUUUACAAAAUAUUGGGAGUCCUUUGUUAAAGUUUGAGAGAGUAUAGUGUAUUUGUUGUAUGUUUUUAUGAUCAUUGAAUGUAUUUAGGUAGUUUCAAAUAGUUAAAAGGAUGUAAUUGUCCUGAGCAAUUCCAAAUUGAAAACCUUAUGUCUUGUCAUGAAAUUAUAGGUACGUGUUGGUUCUAAUUUUGAGUGUAUAGAAGCUCAAAUGCCCACUCAUCUAAAGUUGAAUGAUUAAUAAUAAUUAUAAAGUGUCAUGCAUUAUUGUGUAAAAUGAAAGAUUUUUUCAUCAAUUUCCAUUUUUACAUGCCAGUAGAAAGAUUAUUGAGUAGACAGUGAAUUUCAUGAAAUAAAUUUGGUUUAUUGCCCUCACAUUGUACGUCAUAUAGUGUGUA